AUGAUGGCGGCCGCAGCCCUAGCUAUCGACCUUGGUCCCAUCAACAAUCUUCCACCAUGCCCUAAAAAUUGCGUCUAUAGUGGGAUAAGCAAGUCCAGGGAAUAUGGCUGCCCGUUCCCCAGCCCACAAUGCCUGUGCCGCAAUCGUGGAUAUCAGCAAUACCUGCAUAACUGCUCGCAGAAAUGCACCCCUGCAGAGCGUGACCAGAUGCGUCAAGCCGGAACCAAAUUAUGCGUGGACGCUGGAGUGCCACCUAAUUUCAGGCGCCGCAACGCCCGCCCGGAAUCUGUUGCAGAGGAAGAUGCCGAGGUACAACAAUUUCCUACCAAUAUUCCCGGGGUCCCAGGUCUUCCCAGCUUGCCCAUUCCAUCUGUUCCACUUCCGUCCUGGGUUCCAACGGCUAUCCCUACUGGAUUACCGACUGGCCUACCAAAUAUACCAGUACCCACGGCCAUUCCCACUUUCGUUCCAACUGCCAUUCCUACCUUGAUUCCUACUGCUAUCCCUACUGUUAUCCCUCCUAUCCCAAGUCUUCCAUCCAUCCCAGGCCUCCCAUCUCUGCCAAGACUCCCCUCAAUCCCAGGUAUCCCGCCUAUUCCAACCCCAGCAGCUAACGAAAAGACCAACCAGGCCAAAGCCACACCUAACUCUAGGGUCAUGAGAGUAAAGCAGGAAGCCUAA